UUUCUUCGUUGUCUUUGUAUCCAAUUAGCCUUCCGGUUAUUUUCUGGAUAUUUCUGCCGUUUUGUUUUGUUACUUUGAGUGUAGUUGUGUUCUUGUGAGUUAGAAUAUGUUAAAAUGGCUUAUUCCGAGUGCUCCUGGGUUACAGUUCAUCUUUUUCUACGUUGUCUUUGUGCCUAACUAGCUUUCCUGUUAUUUUCUGGACAUUUCUGCCGUUUUGUUUUGUUACUUUGAAUGUGUGUUCUUGUGAGUGGGGAUGUGUUAAAAUAACUUAUUUCGUGUGUUCUUGUGUUCCUGUUCAUGUUUUUCUUUGUUAUCUUUGUGCAUAACUAAUUUUCCGGCUGUUUUCUGGACAUUUCUGCCGUUUUGUUUUGUUAAUUUCGAUGUAGACAGAUUCUUGUUGUUGGGAGUGACUUGUAAUGGCUGAUUUCGGUGUGCUGGUGGCAGCAUAAUGCACCUGCCGAACCUGUCCCCCACAGCACUAGCAGGCAGGACUUCCUCAGGGGACUCAAUGGAUGAUGACUCCUCAGGCUCUGUCAUGGGAUACGGGAACCCAUACCUGGCAUCUGGCAUGUCCAGGGAGAUUGGGAACAACCUGACACAGGAUCCCGAUGCUGCUUAUCGGUAUGUGGGGAAGCUGAACGCACAGCGGCAGGACAGCAACGGCUGGAAGAUGGAUAAGCUGUGUGACAGCAGGAGCAACGACAGCCCGGGCCUCGGUGACUGGCUAGCCGAGGAGGAGGGAGAGAGGGAGCCAGAGGUGGAGAGGAAUGCAGAGUAUUUCAGUGCGGAGGAAGAUGCUGAUGAAGUGGAGGAGGAAAAGUUGAAUGCAGAUGACAAGUUCAACACCGACGAUGAGGACAAAUUCAGCACAGAGGAGGAUGCCAAGUACAGCGAGGAAUUUGACUCCAGCACGGAAGGGACAGGCAGGGAGAGUGCAGACGAGGAAGGGGCCGGGGGAGGGCAGGAUGCCUUCCUCCCUGAAGCAGACUACCUUUCCCCGGCCUGGCUUGACCAUAAGAUUCCAAGCAAGAAGGAGCUGCAGCCUAGAAGGAAGCUGCUGUGGGACAGUGGGGAGGAGGGAAGUCUAGGUCAAGAGGAGCACUGGUCAGGCACCAGCAAUGGGGAGGCAGAGCCCAGCCAAACAGAGAGUGAGGAGUGUGGGACAAAGCCAGAGGGAGCGCCGGCAGAUACCUCCUCAGGGUCGCCCCGUGCCUGUCCUGUCCUCUGUUUUGAUGAGUACGGCAACCUCACUACCUCUUACCAGGACCCGGGACAGCCUCCAGUGCCUGAGCCAGUCCCCAACCUCAUUUCACCACGUGCCAUGGCCAAGGACAAGUGCUCCUCCCCACCUGUGGACUCCUCACCCAGCACACCACCAGUGCAGGAGCCCAAGGUGCUGCGCUCCAGGACCAGAAUAUCACAGGAGAAUUUAGAGAAUGCAGCAGCACCAGCACCAGCAACAACAACCACAGUAGUGUUGGAGCAGGAGCUGCAGCAGGCCUUCAAGGAGGAGUUCAACACUGCCGCCACCAGCCGCUACGGCCGAGCCCGCAAGCGCAAGACAGUAGAUGGUUUCUUCUUUGGCACCAUCAACUUCAACGAGCUGCGAAAGAUCACCUCUGGGAGCCCCAAGAAGGCCAGCAAGGGCACCACCUCUAAGAACACCAGCCCUGACCAGAAGUCCAAGGCCAGGGAGGAGGCACGGCCGAGUCCCCCAGCACCUGUGGAAGCCAAGGAUCUCAAGGACCUUAAUGAGAACGGGAUAGGAAAUCUGGAUGUGCACCCCAUCAAUGGAGAGGCAGAGAUGAUAGUCCCUCCCCUGGAAACAGUACAAAUGGACCAAGCCAAAGAUUCCACCUUCAUAGUACAAAAUAGGGACCUACGCACCAGGAAGGAGAGGACUCCAAGGCGCCACCGCCACAGUCUGGAGGCAGCAGUGACCACCACCAGCAUGGCAGGGAUGGAAGAGGCCAAGCCAGACCUUGCCCAAGAGAAGGCAGCUACUCUAGAGACCACCACUGCCAAAGGUAUUGAUGGCAGGACAAGCAGUACCACAGCCCAGCAGAUGACAGCACUGUCCAGGAGGAGGUGGCGGGGAAGCAGGCCAGGGCGCCGGCGAGUCAGGACAGGGUGGCGGCAGGGGAGGUUAAGUGCAAGGGUGGCACUGAAAGACAGCCAGGUGGUGCCUCAGCCCCGGUCACACCGCUCGUCUCGCUCUGCCACGGCCCUGGCCCUGGCCAACGAAGUGGCCCCUCUUGCUGCCUUGCAGGAUCCCAAUCAGCACCCCAUAAAGGAGGAAGUGGACAUCAAAGAGGAGCUACUGACAGAAGACAUGAUCAAGCAGGAGCCAGUGGAGGCCAGUCAGCAGAACAUGUUCUCACCAGCAUACCAGUCCCUCACAGAUGGCCAGGAAGGCAUUGCCACCCUCACCAGGAGUUCCAGUCGCAGGACCUCAGAUGCCAAGGCAGCAGAAGAAAAGGUGUCAUCCAUCACCAAGUCUGGCAGAGUCAUCAAGAAGCCACAGCUCAUCGACAUAUCAGUGGAGGACAAGCGGCAGAAACAGACCCGAGAACAGCAGAGACAGAAUGAGGCCCUGAUGAACUCCAGCUUAGAGGAGGAGCUUACCUUGUCCUCAGCCAACAUGCAGGUACUGGAAAAGGAGCAUCCCUGUGAAUACAUGGUUGGGGAUCUGGUGUGGGUGCACAUCCGAGGCAGUCCUCUCUGGCCCUCCAUGAUCUCCUAUGACCCAGUUCUUGGCCAGUACAGCAGAGUGGCAACUAAGUUGAACCACAUGAUGAACCGUUACCGAGGCAUCAGGAUGUAUCACGUUCAGUUCUUCAGUGACAACUCCCUCACCCACUGGAUGGCACCCAACAACGUGAUUCCCUACGAGGGCUAUGACAAGCUGAAGGAAUACCUGCAGGACCUCAAGGCUAAGAUGAAGGAAAAGACAAAGUACAAGAGGGUGCAGUAUGAGGGUUUCCUGAGGACUCUGUUGCACAUGAACAAGGUGCCACCUGGACAGAAAAAACGUGAGCGAUGGAUGAAGGCCAUUGAUGAAGCCAAUAUGGCCCUGGAAAUGGACAGGUAUGAACGCAUCCAGAAGUACACCUUCAAGGUGGAGGAUGUGGAGGCUGAUGAAACAGACACAAACCGAGGGGCUAGACUGUCUUCCAGGGGCCACCGGGUGGGAGCGGGCCGGACAGCUGAUGGUCAGCCAGAGAAGAAGAGGCGUGGCCGACCCAAAAAGUCUUCCCAGGCCGAGGUGGCAAACCGGGUCAGCAAAACUGGCGGAGACUCGACAGAUGGGGAGUUCUCAGGGUUUGAUGACCUGACUGCUGAGGGAAUCAAGCAGAACAGGAUAGCGCUGGCCUCCAGGCUGCACCGUCCCAAGGAAGAGUUUGUGGCCUACGCCAGGCAGCACCUAGACGCCAUCAUGCAGGACAACCCUGGCAUCUCAGAGGAGGCGGCGCUGACCAAGCUUCGCUGGCGGUGGAGGAAGCUGACCAGUGGCCAGGGCGGCCGCUACAAGGGUGCUGGGGGGAAACGGAAACACCAUCGGGCGGGAGAGUUGUCCAAUGGGUGGGAGGACGAGGAAGGCAGCAGCGGCAGCAACAGUGGAGGCGGGUCGGCCAAGCGGCAGAGGCUGGAGGAGGAUGGUGGGCGAGGGGUGUACAAGGUGGUGCGGAAUGAGAAGGUUUGCUGCCGCUGCGAAGGGGUGAGCGCACGUGCCGGGUCCGACAUGGUGCGCUGCAAGGGCCUCUGCUGCGGCGUCUUUCAUCUGGGCUGCCUGGGCCUCACCUCCAUGCCACGCCGGGACUUUAAGUGCGAGGAGUGCCUCACGGAGCGGCACCCGUGCUUCAUCUGCAAGUCCUCAGUGGGCCCGGUCCAGCGCUGCACUGUGCCCUUCUGUGGAAAGUUCUACCACGACGCUUGCAUCCACCGGUGGCCGCAAGUCUCCAGACAGCGGCAGCAGGAGAAAUUUGUUUGUCCGCGUCACAUCUGCCACAUGUGUGCUGCCAACGCAGAUGAUGUAGGGGACUCUCUGGCCCGCACACCGCCCUUCACCCGGUGCCUGCGCUGCCCUACCACCUACCACACGGGUGAGGGAUGUCUGGCUGCAGGGACGGAGGAGAUCUCCCAAACCAGCCACAUCUGCACCAAACACCUCCAGCUACCAAAGAAUAUAUCUCAUCAUGUCAAUGUUAAUUGGUGUUUCUGUUGCUCAAAGGGAGGGUCUCUUCUUCUGUGUGACCAAUGUCCUGCCGCCUUCCAUGCUGAGUGCAUGAAGAUCACCACCCCGGAGGGUGGCUAUGUGUGUGAGGACUGUGAGAGUGGCAAAUUCCCAGUGUAUGGCGACGUGGUGUGGGUCAAGCUUGGCCUGUACAGGUGGUGGCCAGGUCAGGUGCUGCAUCCACGGUUCAUUCCAGACAACAUUGAAAACCUUCCACAUCAGCAGGGUAUGUUCUGUGUCCACUUCUUUGGUUCCAACGACUACUAUUGGGUCACCAGGGGCAGGGCCUUCCUCUACCAAGAAGGGGACAAGGGAUCAAGGGCACAGUCAAGCAGGACCUUGGAGAUACAGUUCCGACGUGCUGUGGAUGAGGCGCUGGAGGCCUACAAGGAGCAGAAAGCCAAGAGAAACCUGCAGGAGCUGAGGUGGUCUGAGAAAGGAAACCUGAAACCUCCUCCAUAUGUGCGGAUUGAUGCCAACCGGCCAGUAGGCAAUGUGCGGCUCAGCAAAGUGGACCUGGCAGCUGUCAACAGGUGUGACUGUGAACCCAACUCUGACAACCCAUGUGGCUCUGACGAGAAGUGUCUUAACAGGAUGCUGAUGUUUGAGUGCAUGCGGGAGGUGUGCGGGGCUGGUGACCGUUGUGGCAACCAGAGAUUCCAGAAGAAGAAGUAUCCCAGUGUGUGCUGCUUCAAGACUGAGGACAGAGGUUGGGGGCUUAAGACACUGGAUGACAUCAAGAAAGGAGAGUUUGUUAUUGAGUACGUUGGAGAACUGAUUGACGACGAGGAGUUCCGGCGUCGGAUUGAAGAGAUGCACGACAUAAAGGAAGAGAAUUAUUACUUCCUCACCAUAGACAAAGACAUAAUGAUUGAUGCAGGACCAAAAGGAAACCUUGCUAGGUUCAUGAAUCAUUCAUGUCAGCCAAACUGUGAGACCCAGAAGUGGACGGUGGGUGGGGACACACGCGUCGGCCUCUUUGCCAUUGAGGAUGUCGCGGCAGGUUCUGAGUUAACCUUCAAUUAUAACCUACAGUGUGUGGGAACAGAGAAGAAGCGCUGCUGCUGUGGUGCUCCAAACUGCAGUGGCUUUAUUGGUGUCAAAGUACAAAAGACAGAGAUGGCGGGCCCAAAGAGGGAGAAAAAUGGGAAGCAGCGAAGGAAACGUCGUCGGCGAGAGACAAAAGUGUCAGAGGACGAGUGUUUCCGGUGUGGGGGACCAGGUGACCUGAUUCUGUGUGAUGGCGUCAACUGUCCCAAGGGAUACCACCUUGAGUGUUUAGGCCUCGACAAGCUGCCCAGAGGGAAGUGGAUCUGUCCGUGGCACCACUGUGACGAGUGUGGCCAGUGGAGCACACGCCUGAACCGCUGCCAAUUCUGCCCAAACUCGUUCUGCCGGCAACACAUCACAGGCAACCUGCAACUCAUUCCAGGGUUUGGCAAUGUGUGUCAGGACCACGACACUGAGGAACUAGAAACGCUCAGAGGUCAGAUGGAAACAACAGCACUGACUGAGAACAUGGAGGAACAGUACCAACAGAAAUCUGAUGUGGACUCUGACUGUGGACAAGAUGGCAUGCUACCCCACCCUUCUUGCCCUGAGGUGAAGGCUGAGGACCAAGGGACUGGUGGUGUAGUGGAGGAAGGACAAGAAGGGUCAGAAGACCAUCCCAUAGGUAGCAGAGAGGGACCACACAAACCAAAGCGAAGAGUGUCUCGGUCAAGGUGGAUCCGUGUGAAGAGGAGGGGCGUGAACAGGAGCCAACUGCCAAGUCUGUCCCGAAGGAACAGGGUAAACGGGGCGCUAGUUCAUGGCAAAGGAAGAGGCAUGAAGGAGGGGGAGGAGAAGGCUCGGCACAUCAAUGAGGCCUGAGGAACGACUGCCAUUAGAUUACCUAUAUUUUUACUUUAACCAAUUCCUUUGAACUCAAUAUAGUAUAAUAUACAGAAUGAUAGUUUUAUUUUAUAUCUUUAACUUAUUGAUCCAGGUAUGUAUACAGUGCUGGCAUAUCAUUUUGCUUCUUUUUAGGAAGGAUUUGAAGCACAAGUGUGGGAGUGCCCAGACAUUCACAAAGUGCAAGCUAGUCGAGCUUCUGUUACCCAAAGUUGGACACAAAAUUUUAUAUAUUGUUAUAAAACAGUACAUUGAAUACAAUGGACUUGUAAUAUUAAGGUUAUUAUUUUUUUUUUCCAAUACAUAGUAAUAAUAACUGUUAUUGAAGACUUUUUUUUUUUUUUUUUUUUUUUUUUUUUCAGAUUCAUCCUCAUAGAAGCAUAACUCAUUGUUUCCUCUUAGCUCUCAUGAUUGGUAGGUUUUGUUUUAUUUUAAUAAUUUAUUUUUUCUGUCUUCAGAUGAUGACUUGGUCAGAACACUUUCCAUGUGAUGUAUUGUACAAGGUUGCUCUGUAACUUACCCCAGUGUUGAAGAAUUCUAUCAUGUGUAGCAGGUGGAGUUUGGAGAUUAGAGUCCAUGAUUUUAAUUGUAUCUUAACAAUUUGCCAGGAAAAUUUUAUGCCAGUGGGACUUGGAGAUUGUAGACCAUGUUUUUUUUUAAUUAUAUAUGAAAAGUUUAUUUUCUUCAUUGUCAACAUUGUUCAUGUCAUUAUUACAUUAUUAUUAUUUAUUCACUAUGCAACUUUUCUGGAAUUCUUGAUUAUGGGAUGUCUAUGGUAGACAAUAAAGUCUUUAAUAGGA